AUGGCAACGACGACGCCUACCCCAAACUAUGUCAACCCGGAAACAAGAGUGCCCGAGCUGCUGGGUGUGCAGAUUGGGCUGACGGUGCUGGCGUUCCUAAUUGUGUCGGCGAGGGUUUAUACUAGGACGAAGAUUAUGAGGUUCUGGGGGACGGAUGAUUUGGCGAUUUCGGUGGCUAUGUUGUUUGCGGUGAUUGAGACUACAUUAGGGUGUAUGGCUACACGAUACGGCACAGGACUUCAUCUGUGGGAUGUUCCGCCGAACCUAUCAUUGGCACCCUCCCUCAAGAUGUCAUUCGUCGUGCAAAUCCUCUACAUGCCCAUCCUGCUCAUGACCAGACUUUCCAUCCUCCUCUUCUACCGCCGCCUCUCGCCCAACGCGCAAUACAUGCGCACCGUCAAAAUCGUCAUCGGGCUCUCAAUUGCCUUCGGCAUCGCCGUGACGCUCAGCGACAUCUUCCAGUGCGCACCGGUCGCUUUUGUCUACGACACCUCGAUCCCUGGUGGGAAGUGUAUUGACCAGAUGACCUUCUUUAAGAGCACGGCCAUCAUCAAUAUCGUGAAUGACUUUAUUGUGUUUGUGCUGCCGCUGCCGACGCUGUGGAAGCUGAAGCUGCCGACGGCGCAGAAAUUGGCGUUGGGGUUCAUUUUGGGCCUGGGGGCGUUUGUCUGUAUUGCGAGUUGUAUCCGUCUCAGUCUUUUGUUCCGUCUUUCUCAACAAGUGGAUGUGACAUGGCACGGCGUCGAUCUCUCAAAUUGGUCCUGCAUCGAAUACAACAUCGGGAUAAUCUGCGCGUCGCUCCCGGCACUCAAGCCCCUGAUGGGCCGAGUGCUGCCCUCGGUGUUCGGCCGCUCAAGGACGGGGAGCAGCGGCAUAAGCGGCCUCAGCGGCCCCGCAAAGAAAUCAGGUAAUAUGUAUGCGCUGGGGUCACUUAGCGGCGGAGGAGCGAGUGCGGAACCAGAAUAUAGCCAUAGGGUUGCAAUAACGUGCCGCAAGUCCGAUGAAGAGAACCUUCACCACCAUGGCAGCCAUACGACGAAGGACAAUGAGAGUGAGGAGCACAUCAUCAAUUACGGCCCGAAUGGGAUCACGAAGACUAUGGAUAUCACGGUAGAUGUCGAGGAGCGCGGGGAGAGUGUUUCGACGAUACAGAGUGGGCGCCGGAUAUAG